AACGUAUACACGAGUGCAAUGACCAAUACAGACGUAGAAUCGACCCACUAUGUACUAGCAUAUACACUUGUUGGACAUCGGAAAGCUGUGUCGUCUGUAAAGUUUAGCCCGAACGGAAAAUGGGUCGCCAGUGCAUCGGCUGAUCAGAUUAUCAUCGUUUGGGAUGCAGUUAAUGGCAGUUUUAUGCGACAGUUCGAGGGACACACACAAGGGAUCAAUGAUAUCGCGUGGUCAGGAGACUCGCGCUACUUAUGCAGUGCCUCGGACGAUACGACGAUAAAGAUAUGGGAUGUUUCUACGGGCCAGUGCUGUAAAACUCUGGAGGGACAUCAAAAUUAUGUGUUCUGCGUUAAUUUCAAUCCACAGUCUACGCUAAUCGUCUCAGGCUCGUAUGACGAGAGUGUCAGGAUAUGGGAUGUAAAGACUGGAAGGUGUUUACGGCCCUUGCCUGCCCACUCCGAGGCUGUAUCUGCCAUAGAGUUCAUCCGGGAUGGGACUCUAAUCGUGUCAUCAAGCUACGACGGUUUAUGUCGAUUAUGGGAUACCGCGACCGGUCAAUGCCUCAAGACUUUGAUCGAUGAUGAUACCACACCGGUGUCAUACGUAAAAUUCUCACCAAAUGGCAAAUACAUUCUCACGGCCACGCUUGAUGGACGAUUACGGCUAUACGACUACAUCACAGGGAAAUGUCUGAAGACUUACAGUGGGCACAAAAACUCGAAGUUCUGCAUACAUGCAAACUUUAGUGUCACAGGCAAAGAGCGCAAUGUUGUGUGCGGAAGCGAAGACCAUUGUAUUUAUAUCUGGGGCUUACAGUCGAAGAAAAUUACACAGAAGCUUGAGGGCCACAAAGAUGUGGUGAUAUGCUGCGACUGUCACCCAACGCAAAAUAUAAUCGCCUCUGGAGCAUUGGAAAAUGAUUGUUCGGUGAAACUUUGGAUGUCAAAAUAAACAAA